GUCAGCACCAUGGCCCAAAAAACCACAAAUUAUCUCUUCGGAGGCACUGAGAAAUGGUCACCGAACGACUGGACAUCCUCCGAUGACCGCGUCCGAGGGGGUUCCUCUCACUCAACCCUUGAAAUCUUACCAGAGACCAACCAUGCGAGAUUUCAGGGAAAUCUAGACAUUGAUACGCUGGGUGGAGCUGGCUUUGCAUCGCAGCGCACAACAGGGUCUCGAAGAUGGGACCUGUCCGCGUACGACGGGAUUGAAUUAGACCUCGCAGAAUCGGACGGGAAACAGUAUGCAUUGAUUCUGAAAGACGACUUACUCCCACCUAGACCGGAUGGGCGUGAACGGAGUAGUCUGAGCUGGCAGGCUGACUUCCGGGUCGUUGGGAGUGGAAAGGUUGUGGUGAGAUGGGAGGACUUCAGGCCGACGUAUCGGGGGAAGGAGAUUGAUGAAGAGCCAUUGGAUUUGAAGUCUAUUAAGCGGCUGGGAAUUAUGAUGCGGAGUCAUUUUGGAUCCCAGUCGGGGGCAUUUAAUCUGUCAAUUGGGUAUAUUGCGGCUUGGAAGGACGAGCCGGAAGAGGACAAAAACGAGUGACCAUGGAAGAGAAAGGACGUUUUGACGGCGACAGUGGGAUAGAGACAGCCA